AUGAUAACAUUGGAGCCUCUUUUGUCAUCACAAAUCCAUACCACCAUGCCACCACCACAAAACUUGAUCAUGGGUAUAGGAAUUGAGCCUAGUCAUCCGUUACUGCCAAAACUACUUGGGACCUCUGCAAUUAUUGUGGCCUUAUUUUAUAUCUUUCCUAUUCUACUACCAAUUACGGCAGGACUGCUUGUGCUUGCUGUGGUGUUCCUACGCAAUAAGCCAUGUAAUCCUAACCACGUACGUAAAUUUUUUGACGGUUUUCGAAUUGGUGGACAUCGUGGAGCUCCAAAAUCUUUUCCCGAGAAUGGUAUGGCUGGAUUCAAGCAGGCAAAGUCUGAUGGUGCUGAUUUGAUUGAAUUCGACGUGGCGCUGACGAAAGACGGUGAGGCCGUGCUUUUACAUGACGAUGAUUUGGACCGGACCACUAACCUGAGCGGUCCAAUUCGCGAAAAAACUCUGGCACAGCUAGCGCCCGCCAAUAUUAGCGCGAACUUCAUCAGAACAACGCAACGCGACUUGGCUCCGGUUCAAAAUGAGGGCAUACCCCGGCUUGAAGCUGUUGUGAAAUGGGCUGUUGACAACGACAUGAAGAUGCUUUUCGAUGUGAAGGAUUCGCAUCCGGAGCUCGUGCAUAUUAUUGGAGACUUGUUCGAGAGAUAUAAUCUCUAUGAUAGAGCCAUUGUGUGCAGCUUCUACCCAUGGGUGGUCUACCUCAUCAAACAAGGAAAUCAAAAAAUACUUAGCGGGCUCACAUGGCGUCGGAGAUUCUUUUCCUAUAAGGACAUCGAAAACACCACACCUCGAUAUACCGGUUUAAUGCAUUAUAUCUUCGUUCUGCUUGAUAUCGUUCAUGUGUUUUUACUGAAGCUCAUCACUCCAUGGUUUCUCGGCGCCGAUCUAUUGCUCACUAACAACUUUGACAUAUCGAAUAUUUUUACAGAGCUUCGUCAUGCAGAAAAAGGACGCGGUCGCCAUGUGGCUGUAUGGACAGUGAACGAUGUGGCUGAAAUGCAUUGGAUGCUUGAGGAAUUGUCAAUUCCAAUCCUUACGGAUCAUCCCUGCUAUGCCAGCAUUAUGUCACAUUUGAGUGCGAUUCGUGAAAAGAAUUACAACGAACCAGCAUUGGAAAAUGCUGCCCACAGUAGCGUUCAGUAG